AUGUCCGUUCCCCGCGUCCUCCUGCUCGGCGGGCACGGCAAGAUUGCUCUCUUCCUGACCCCCCUCCUGCUCGCCCGCGGCUGGGACGUCAUCAGCGCCGUCCGCGACCCCAAGCAUGAAUCCGAUAUCCUCAAGUUCAACAAGGGCGACGGCGGCAGCAAUGGCAAAGUGAGCAUCUCGCUGUCCGACCUGGAGAAGAUCAAGAGCAGCGAUGAUGCUGCCGGCGUCAUAGCCGCGGCUAAACCAGACUACGUCGUCUGGGCUGCUGGAGCCGGCGGCAAAGGCCCCGUCGAUCGUACCUAUGCCAUCGACCAAGACGCAGCGAAACACUUCAUCCACGCCAUCAUGGCCAGGCCCAACAACAUCAGAAAGUUUCUACUGAUCUCGCACAUUGGAAGCCGGCGCAAGCCCGCUCCCUGGUGGUCGUCUGCAGACUGGGAGUCGGUCGACCGCAUCAAGGCCGCACUGCCCGAUUACUACAAGGCCAAGCUCGAUGCGGACGAGUACUUCUCCGUGAUGGCAGCGCAGCGCAGAGAGAAGCACGGAGAUACUGACUUCCAAGCAAUCAAUCUACGCCCUACCACGCUCUCUGACGAUCCUGCGACGGGUAAAGUUGAGUUUGGGCGUACAGGGACAGGCGACCGGCUGCCCAUUUCGCGUGAAGACGUCGCCAUUGUGGCUGACGAGGUCCUAGCUUGUUCGAGUGUGAGGGGGUAUCAGGAUCUGAUCAGUGGCCAGACGCCCAUUAGAGAGGCGGUUGAGAAAGUGGGGAGAUCGGGUCUCUGUUGCUUCGAGGGAGAAGAUCUCGAAGCCAUGCGCGAGAGGUUUAGGGAGUCUCUCUAA